AUGGCAAUUGUUGUGGUUAAUGCUUGCAAAGGUAUCGAACAACAAACUGCCGAGCAUCUCCUCAUCGUAUCGCUCCUCUGUCUCAAGCACGUCAUUCUUGUCAUCAAUAAGAUUGAUUUAAUAGAUGGAGAAGCGCUGGAGCAGUUGACGAGGCGUUGCAAAAAGGCAAUGUCCAGCUUGAAAAUAAGCGAUCCAGUGCCUGUUGUUUCCAUUUCAUUAAAAGAAGGCAAGGAACAAGCGGUUGAAGCUGUACUGAGAGCUCUGCGACUUGCGCUUUAUGCGCCUCAGCGAUGUUCUUCAGGACGUUUCGUCAUGUUUGUUGACCACUGUUUCCCGGUGAAAGGUAAAGGCACCGUAAUGACUGGCACUGUGGUCGAUGGGGCAUGCAGUGUUGGAAUGGACGUCGAGAUCGCCGCCUUGCAUGAGAGACGCAAAAUUAAAAGUAUGCAACGAUGGAAGGAAGAUGUGCGUAGUGCGGAGAUGGGCGAUCGGGCUGCUUUGUUGUUCCAAAAUAUUUCCAGAGAGGACAUCGACCGAACGGUCGUCUUCGAACCGGGAACACUACAUCCGGUAAAGUAUCUGCUGGUCAAUGUGCAUCGCAUUGAGUAUUUUCAGGGAUCUGUAAACCCAUGUUCGAAAUUGCACAUUUCAAGUGGUUUUGAUACGGUCAUGGGACUAUGCCAAUUUUUGUCAUCGGUUUCGCCAAGCAGUAAUGUCGAGGACCAGUUCGAAGUAGUGCCAGCGUUGAGUGAUACUGCUAAAUUUGCUAUACUUAGUCUAGAGCGGUCGGUGUACACAAGACGGGGCAGCUUCUAUAUCGCUUCCAGACUGGAUCAUCAGGGCAAAGGCUGCCGGUUUGUCUUCCACGGCAUUUUCCUAAGAUUACUUGAAAGUGAAAACCAGAUACGCAGGUUUCGUCGAAAAACAAAAGUGGGGAGGAUUGAGAGAGUCGAGAACGAACGAAGCAUAAUAUGUAGUGGACUGGCAGAAUUAAUGGAAAUUGUUUUUGUCACAUUUCUGAUUGAAGAUGAGAAUUGUUGGCUAUUAGAGCCCGAAAAACUGGCAGAAUUAAUGGAAAUUGUUUUUGUUACAUUUCUGGAUGAGGAUGAGAAUUGUUGGUUAUCAGAGCCCGAGAUGUUGUUGAGAUAUUUCUUUUCUCUGUUCGCUAAACAAGUUGUAGUUCAUUACUAUGCUGUAUGUCAUCGGCGCUUCUUUAAGGUGCGUAACAAUUAA